AUGGAUCCAGACUUGAGGGAGGCCUUCAAUGGUGUUCAGAGCUCCAUAUACAGAACAGCCCUAAAACUACGCUCAGUACAAAGUCUUUGCCAGUUGGAUUUGAUUGAUGUUUCUAUGAUUCAGCACAUCCUAUCAAGUGAACAAAGCCAGAAGGAAGAGAGGAUUUCUCUGAACAUGCAGCAAAUCUCUAGAAUGCUGAUGAAACUGUUCCAAAGGACAAGAUUAGAAAAACCAGGCCAGGUAGAUCCAAGAGCUGCUGAAUUCACAUUUAGCUUGCUGGUUGCCAUGUAUGACAGGUCUGGAACAGGGUAUAUCAAAACUAGAUCUGCUGCAGCUGCCUUAAUUUCCCUUUCAGGAGACACUCUACUGGCUAAAUACAGAGCUUUCUUCCAGUUUUAUGCUGUCCCUGAUGGGAAGGAGACCUUGAUUACCCGCAGUGCCCUGAGAAGCCUGCUAACAGACUUAAAUCAGAUCCCAGCCAUUGUGGGAGAAGGCUGCACUCUGUCUUGUGUGGAAAUUGCGAUUCAUGACUGUUUCCAUGGGGUUUUGAAUGCUGCUGUUGUUGAAGAAAAAUUCCUGUCUUGGCUGAGAUCAGAGCCUGCUGUUCUCCUGUGGCUCCCUACAUGUUACAGAUUAUCAGCCACAGAAAUGGUUUCUCACCAAGCUAAAUGCAGAGUCUGUAAUGUUUUCCCCAUUACAGGCAUCAGGUAUCGCUGUUUAAAGUGUCUCAAUUUUGACCUUUGCCAAGCCUGCUAUUUCACUGGCCGUCUCUGCAAACCACACAAGAGAUCACAUCCUGUUAUGGAACACUGUGUGCAGAUGUCAGCAAAGGCCAAUGCAAAGCACUUUCUCCGCACUAUCAGGAACAACCUGUUUCAAGAGCGCUGCAGAAGGAAAGAGGCUCAGAGAAGGACAGCUCUGGAGUCAGUGGAGGAGAGGCACUUCCCUGCUCACAAAAAGACUUUUCCUCCUGUGGAAUUCAGUGCUUCAUCACUACCAGGUCCUGAAAAUGUGUCUUUCCCAGUGAACAAUUGUGUCCCAGAGUCAGCCGGGUUCAUACCUGAGAACAGGACUGUAAUGCAGAAGAGUGAGAAUAACAAGAAGACACCAGAGCAAGGCAAGACAAUAGCUCAGGCAGUAGCUUCUUUUGAAGCAGAUGUGUUAAAAAUGCGUGAGUCCAUUAAAAGCAUUCACAGUGACAGCAGGUACAUGAAGAAGCAGUUCAACAAAUGGAAGGACAAAAUGCAAUUUCUUCAUAACUGCCAGGAAGAAAAAACCUGCAAAAUAGAGGCAAAACUCCAAAGACUGAGAGUAAGCCAUGAAAACCUGCAAAUGACACUGCAGCACAUGAAAGAAGAAGUAAAGACCAUGUUGCAGUCAUCAGAGCAUCCUUUUGCACAGUGUCAUAAUACAAUGCCAAGAAAUCCACAUGUUCUGCUGGAAGGGAGAAUGCAGGGUGAAUUAAAUCCUGCCCAAAUAAGGCCUACUUCCAGAAAAUGUGCAGAAUGGAAAUGUUUGAAUCCCCCAAACUCUGUAAAUAGAAUGCAACUUUUACAGACACCUGAGGUUCCCACUGCAGUGGAAUUUAUGUUCUCAGAUGACCCACUGGAGUCAGUGUCCCUGCGGAGUGACAAACCCUUUAUCGGACAGCAUAACAAAGCAAAAGAGAAACAAACAUAUCUGCCUAAACUGACAGAAAACUCUCUUGGUGGAAUGGGGAGUGCAGUUCUUACUCCCACUGCAACGCAGAUACCACCUGAUGAGAGGGAAGCCAGAGAGGAAUUGGAACUGCUAAUGAUCAAACUGAAGGAUACAUUGUCUCUCCAAAUCCAACCAGCCCAGCAAAGUGCUUUGCACCAGGAGUUCUUCUCUACAGCUGAGCAUGUUUGCAGGUCCUUUUCUGACCUCAUCAACCAAGUAGUUUCACCAGCUUGUAAAUGAUGGAAACUACCAUUCACCUUACAACUUCAGUGAACUACUUAUGGUAAUUGAUGCCAUGUCUCUAAAAGAAACUCUGUUUAAAGUGUCUCAGAUGUUGCCUGUAAUAACACAGCAUGACAGAUUUCUGCAUUUACUGACUUUACCUGGAGCAUUUUGGAGAGCUGUAUUCCUUUUCUGUUGGUGA